ACUUCCAACUCUUUCUCGCUUCAUUUUAAUUCAUGGUUUUGUAUCAUGAAUCCAAGCCUGAUUCUUUGCCUGAUGUUGUAGAUUGGUUGAAGUGGAGAGCUGCUUUGGUUCCCUGAACGAAAUUAGCUGCGAAUUUGAUAGUGACUAAUGGGUUCAUCUUCACCAGUGACCCCUCUCUACCUUUUGCCGAUUCCAUGGUCAUUCGCGACUGCCGGAUCCUCCGAGUCGGCAUCUAUUCUUCUCCUCAGGUUCUGUUGCUAAAUGAUGAUCUUGCAAUGUCAAUCCAUGAUUUGGCGGGAAACGGAGCAAAAGAUUUGAAUCUUGAAAGAAAAGUUGUGGUUCCUGGGUUUAUUGAUUCUCACGUGCAUUUGAUUUUCGGGGGAUUGCAGGAAAUAGGCCGUUCAACCUAUGUUAUUCUCUUAGCUGCUACAGAGAUGAGAGAGAGAGAGAGUGCUAGGAUUAGAGCAAGGUUUUCGACAGCCAAGGACAGUGGGGCUCGGAGGCGGCUUCCAGGGUUUGGCAAGGGGUUCCUAGAGCAGGCAACAACGUUCUUCUUCUAUGAUUUUCCAGAGGAUCGGUCAGCGAAGGAUCUGUGGUUCUGUUUUUGGUCAUAUGGGAAGGUGGUGGAUGUGUACAUCCCCACAAGGCGUGAUCGACGAGGUCGUCGGUUUGGGUUUGUUCGUAUGUCGGGUGCUUUUGAUGUUAAGGAUAUGGAGAGAAGGCUAAACCAGAUUUGGUUGGAUUCCUAUCACCUUAAAGUAAAGUUGGCAGAGAAUAUGAAAAAAGGGAGGGAUGAGAUUAGGGCGGCUCAAAAAGGAAGGGCAGAGAAACAAUGGGUUCGAAGGGAUUUGAUGGUCAGACCAGGGAGGUCUUAUGCUCAAGCUGUUACUGCUAAUCUGGGUGCAAUAGCGGAAGGAUUGUCCUCGACGAGAGAAAGGGUGGAAACAGCGGACACGGUUGCACUGAAGGGUGCAGCGAUGAAGGCUUCUGCAGUGGUCCAUGGGAAAAAAUCAGAAACGAUUUCUGUGCCAAUGAUAACAGAGGGGGUAGAUGGGGCGUCGUCUCCUUUAAAAGGUGAUUUGGUGUUAGAUUUUGCUCCUAGAGAUGAGGAAGUGGCAUGGUUGCACAGAAGUAUGGUGGCUGUGGUUCGAUCUCUAGAUAUGGUGAGACAAAUUCAGAAUAGGAUGGAUGUUGACGGUUUAAUGGUGAAUGUUGCAUUGUUAGGGGGUCGACAGAUCAUUUUGGUAGAUAAUUCAGAAGGAUGUCUCGUGGAGUUCAUAGCAAAUAAUAAGGAGUUAACAGAGUUAUGGUUUGAAUGGGUGCAACCAACAUCCUUAUCCACGGUUUCAUCAGCAAGUCGUUUGGCUUGGCUGCGUUUUUCUGGUGUCCCUUUACAGUCAUGGAGUGAGAGAUGUUUUGCUGAGUUAGGGGGUCUAAUUGGCGAGGUCUUGCUCGUGGAUGAGGACACAAAGAGCAAGUCAUUUCUGUGCGAAGGUCGGGUUCUAAUCCUGUGUGAAUCAAGGGCCAAAAUUUCUGCAACAAUAAUGUUGAAGGUGGGUGGCGAAGCUUAUCCGAUCGAAGUGGCAGAGGAGGAGUGGAGGAUGGACCCCGACUGGUGGCUGGCCGGCGAGCGACGGAAUCCGAUUGCUGAAUCAAAUUCCGAAUAUUCGAGUGAUGAUGGCAGCGAAUCUGGCUUAAUGGCAACCGAAUUUUGUGGCGAGAAUACAGCGGGAAAUGACGAUCUUCAAGUUGUAACGGGCAAGGAGUCUGAUGAAUAUUUUGAAAAUAUUCAAAUAAAUGAGAUGGAGAUACACGGGCUGGAUGGGGCCGAUUUUGUUGGGCCGGAGGGGGAAGAUAUUCUUGGGCCGGAGGGUGUAGAUAUAGUUGGGCUGGCAGCAAAGACAAAUGUUGAUCAAAGGGCUGAAGGUGGGUCUAUCGGUGGCGUGCUUCAGCAACAUGAGGGAAAAAAUAAAAAGAAGUGCAGAGCUUUGGGGGCCAUUUACGCGGAGGCUGAGGGAAUCGGGGAUCCAGUGGAUGGGAGGGAGAAAUUGAAGGCAGGGGAGGCGAAUUGGGUAACAGCAAGGACGAAAAGUAGGAGGGAGCGGAGAAGCAAGGUCAGCCGAGAGGACUCAAGGCCGGAGAUGCAGACGGUGAGUUGCUCUCUGUCCGAUGGGUGUAUCCAGAAUCGUAACCGCGCGAUUCGGCAGCAGAUCCAGCUGGACGAAGUGCAGAGGCUGUUUAUGUUGGGGCAAAGAUUAGGGGUUACGUGUACCCAAAAUGAGGAAGAGGUGAUGUCCCGGUUAGCUCUGCUGGAAGAGGGCGAAGAGGCCAAUUACAAGGAAACAAAGCUUGAAAAAAUUGAGUCUUCUAUGUGUCGAGGGGUGUGGAAUUCAGAUGAUUUUGAGUGGGUGAUGCAAAAAUCAAAUGGUACUUCUGGUGGUCUAUUGUGUAUAUGGAAUAAACAGAACUUUGUAAAAAGAAGUGUAGUGGAAGGACAUGGGUUCAUCGGGAUUUCGGGGGAGUGGGGUAGGCAACAACUUCAGUGCACUUUUGUCAAUGUGUAUGCACCAUGUGACAGGCAAAGUAGGAUUGUGUUGUGGGGGGAAUUGAGUAGAUUAGUAUUGGAAGAGGGGGGGAGAUGGCUUUUGGCAGGGGAUUUCAAUGCUGUUCGCAAUAGUGCCGAGAGGAAAGGAAGGAUGGGUGAGACACAGGACAUGGAAGAAUUCAAUCUUUUUGUGCAAGGGACUGGAUUGGUAGAUGUCAGGUUGAGGAAUAGAAAGUAUACAUGGUAUAGACCUGAUGGAACUUCAAUGAGUAGACUCGAUAGGUUCUUGCUAUCCACUGAAAUGAGCUUAAUAGAGGGAGACUGGAUUCAAGAGGGCAUUAGAAGGUCAAUCUCAGAUCAUUGUGCAAUUAUUUUGAAAUCAAGAAGUGUGGAUUGGGGGCCUAAGCCCUUCCGGGUCCUAGAUGCAUGGCAACAACAUAAAGAUUUUAGACAGUUCAUAGAUGAAAGAUGGAAGAUGAUGCAGAUCGAAGGAUGGGCAGCUUUCAAGUGCAAACAGAAGUUGAAAUUGUUAAAAGAGGAUUGUAAAAGGUGGAAUGACAGGGUGUUUGGCAAUGUGGAGAUCCGAUCUGACAACUUGAGGCAAAAGAUUGAUAGGCUGGAUAAAAAAUGCGAAGUAGAAGGAUUGAAUGAGAUAGAGGUGAAGCAGCGAAGGGAGGCUUUUCAUGAGCUGUGGGACUUAUUAAAGAAGCGGGAAUCAGUAUGGAAACAGAAAUCUCGAGUUAAUUGGGCCCAGCUCGGGGAUGCAAAUACAGCAUUCUUUCAUAGGAGCGUGCACGCCAGGAGAGCCCAAAAUGCAAUUUCAGGUAUUUAUGGCGACGAAGGUUGGGUUGAGGAACCUGAGCUUGUUAAGGCGGCAGCAGUGCAGUACUUCACCAAGGUAUUUCAGAGGGAACAAUGGUGUCGACCGACGAUGGAUGGGAUUCAAUUCCGAAGAAUUUCAGAUGCACAGCGAGAAUGGCUAGAACGACCUUUUACCAUAGAAGAAAUUGAAGAGGGGCUAAAGGACUGUGAUGGAUCCAAGGCUCCAGGUCCAGAUGGUUUUAACUUUAAUUUUAUAAAGUUUGCUUGGAGUACUGUGAAGGAUGAUUUUGUGAGUUUUUUGAUGGACUUUCAUCGCAAUGGGAGGUUAGUUAACGGUUUAAAUUCUUCAUUUCUGGCAUUAAUACCUAAAAAAUUGAAUCCUGAGCAGUUUAAGGAGUAUAGGCCUAUUAGCUUGAUAGGUUGCCUAUAUAAAUUAUUGGCCAAGGUGCUGGCCAAUCGGUUGAAAAUGGUUAUGGAGGGUAUUAUCAGUGAGUCGCAGACAGCUUUUAUUGGAGGUCGGCAAUUGGUAGAUAGUGUGUUAGUUUUGAAUGAAGCUGUACAUGAGGUGAAAUGGAGGAAGCAAGAGAGUUUCAUUUUAAAAGCGGAUUUUGAGAAAGCCUACGAUUGUGUGGAUUGGGGCUUUCUUGAUUGGAUGAUGAAUAGAAUGGGGUUCGGGGUGAAGUGGAGGAAGUGGAUGAGGGAGUGUCUUUCAACUGCUAGAAUCUCCAUUUUGAUCAAUGGAAGCCCGACGACGGAGUUUCCAAUAAGCAAUGGUCUUCGCCAAGGUGAUCCUUUGUCCCCUUUUUUGUUUUUGUUAGUUGCUGAAGGGUUGGGUGGGCUUGUUAAAAAAGCAGAAGGUGAAGGACUCCUGAAGGGUGUGGAGAUUGGAAGGGGAGGUAUGGUGUUAUCACUGUUACAGUUUGCGGAUGAUACGGUGUUUAUGGGGAAGGCAGAUGUGGAUAAUUUACGGGUUGUGAAGGCCAUUCUGAAUUGGUUUCAAUUGAUCUCAGGGUUGAAGAUUAACUUUGGGAAGAGCUAUUUGUAUGGGUUCAAUGUGUCCGAAGGGUGGGUAAAGGGUGCAGCUGAUAUUAUGCGUUGUGGGGUGGGCAAAGCGCCGUUUACUUAUCUUGGAUUGCCAGUAGGAGGGAAUUCAGGGAGAAGACAGUUUUGGAACCCCGUGCUGAAUCGCUUCCGCCAAAAGCUUGCCUCUUGGAAAAGCUCCUUGCUGUCCUUCGGAGGUCGGAUAACUUUAAUCAAUUCGGGGAGAGGAGGCUUAGGAGUGGCUGAUUUGGAGAGGAGAAAUUGCAGUUUGUUGGGAAAAUGGUGGUAUAGGCUAGGUGAUGGCGUUGAGGGUUUAUGGAAGCGGAUUCUUUGGGAGAAAUAUUAUGGGGGUAGAAAGGAGGUUGAUAUUACGUCAGUUGUGAAUUGGAAUAUGUCCGGUGUGUGGAAGGAUAUUAUGGGCCUAGGCAGAGGGUCGGAAAGGUUGGAUGCAAUGUUAGGAAAAGGUUUUCAGUGGAAGGUUGGGGAUGGGAGUUGUGUAGAUUUUUGGCAUGAUAAAUGGGUGGGGGAUAAACCAUUGAGGAAUUUAUUCCCUCGGUUAUAUGCUUUGGCUAAUAGUAGGGAGGGACAGUUAAAGGAUAUGGGGUAUUGGAGUGCUGAAGAUUGGGUCUGGGAUUGUAGGUGGAGGCGAGGUUGUGUAGGGAGGGGAGUGGGGGAGGAAGAACAAUUUAGGGAGUUGAUUAAUAGGGUCAGGUUGCAUAAGGGAGAAGCUGAUACUUGGAGAUGGAUCCAUAGUGGUGAUGGUGUAUAUUCGGCUAAGAAGGCUUAUGAUUUUUUAUCAUCGAAAUGUUGUAUUUUGGAUGAGAAAUGGUCUAAGGUCAUUUGGGCUAGUUAUGUACCUUCCAAAUUGAGCGUAUUUGGGUGGAGAUUUUUUUUGAACAGGUUAGCUACAAAGGAUAACUUGUGUCGGAGAGGGGUGGCUCUUCCAGGGGGGAAUGUUUGUUGCGGGCUUUGCCAUGAGGAUGUCGAGCAACUCCAGCAUAUCUUUUGUCAUUGUAAACCAGUUUGGCUGGUGUGGAUGAAGGUUCUGGGUUGGUGGGGUGUACAGAGUGCUUUGCCAAAUGAUGUCUUUGGAAUGGCAGAUGCGGUGGUGGCUGGAAUCAAUGGGGGGACUUGGACGGAUUUAGGGCCUCUUAUUUUUUUGGUUACUGCUUGGUAUAUUUGGUUUUGGCGAAAUUUGAAAGUGUUUGGGGCAGGUGAAAGGUUCGAAGAGCGGAUAUUGGAUUCUAUUCAAUCUAAAUCUUUUUUCUGGCUGAAAAAUAAGCAACAAGGCUGCAGUUUUUCCUAUACAGAUUGGAUUUUGCGACCUUUGGAGUGCAAGAAGGCCAUUGUUCAACAUGGCAGGAACCUAAGGAAUUACAAGAGGCUGUAUGCGUCUGCAGAUAGCGUUCAAGUUUAAGGUGCUGCGUCUAUGCUAUUGUAAUACGCGCUGGAGAUGGUUACGUGAAGUUUGAAGGGAUUUCUAUGGGCUUUGUGGCAAGGGCUUUCUACCGCCCUAAAUUGGCAUUUUUUUAAUGGGCGUUUCUCAGGUCUUGUGAUAUUUGGUGUGUUGGUUACUUGUUUGAAGGGAGGGUGUUGGUUUACUUUCUCUUUUAUUUUUGUAUGUGGGUUGGAGUACCCCUUGUACUCCAUUCAAUAAAUUUCAUUUUGCUGA